UACUUACUUUUAUAAUAUAUUGCAUCUUGAUACAUCUAAAUACAAUUUGAAGGAAAUAUUACAGAAGCUCGAUUAUUCUGUUGAAAACAAGUGUGGGAAAUCCGCCAACUACAUACAAAAUAUUUAACAUUUCUUUUGAAAACAUGUAUCAUUUCGCAAUAGUUUUGAAAAUAAUCGUUUCUCGGAAACGUAUUUCUAGAGCGUGAAUGGCGAUUUUAAUUCAGUGUGAUCCAGGAAGUUGGAGUAGCUUUAUUUUUAAUACAUUUUUUUUUAAUUUUAGAUAUUUUUUUUAUUCAAAAUUAUGGAAUACAGAUCGUUAAUUUUUCUGAUGGGGCUUGGAUUGCGAUUUGCGAUAGCUGAAGAUGUAAGCUAUCAAGCAUGUGUAGACAAAUAUUCAAGAAAGGGUUACCAGCCUUGGCAGGAGUGGUCAGACCAUUACACUUGCCAUCGAUACAGAUGCGAAAUUCGGGAUGGAAAAUAUUUCAUCGCUGCUGUUGGGUGCAGGAAGCCAAAAAUUCCAGAAAAUGCGCUGGAGUGUCAUGAGUAUAUUGAAGAUGAAAAUGUCGAAUUCCCAACAUGCUGCGCUCGAUUAAGAUGCGUGGUGGAAGUUAAUGGCGAAAGAAUAGUUCAAACUAGAGGACAGCCUGGAGAACUCUUCCCUGAUAAACCAUGGAAAGGUCAGCAAAACGAGCCGAACCCAGCCGUGGUUGGAAUGGGCCCAAUCCAACAGAACACAGGCGAACCACAGAGCCAACCCUCUCCAGGGAUCUUCAACAGCAGAGGCGCAGGCAAGCCAACGGAUGGCAGCGAUAUUAGUGGAAGACGCUAUGUGGACCCUUAUCCCUCACAACAGAUGCAAGACUCACCUAGAAAAAAGAGAUCCACAACAUAUCCUCUAUUUGACAGAGGACUCCUCCGCGAACGCGCGUACACACCACAUCAAGUUAAAAUUCACGGUUAUUCACCAGAAAAAUACACUUCAUAUUUCGCGAACAAUGUGAAAGCAAUCACUAACCCGAAAUUACACUUCAACAUGUCUUAAAUUAUCGUGUUACCUAAAAUGUUUAUUAUAUCAAUGCAAUUUAUCCAUUGUUUAUGCUCUGUUGAAAUAAAUUUGAUUGUACUUUA